AUGCUAAAAUCAUCAGAGGUGAACAAAGUGGUGGUUGAGGAAUUUGAAAGGACGAAAGGAUCUGGUGCGAGUAAGCUAGCUUGCUCUCUGAAGGACAACUUUUUGGGAGUAAGUCGAGCUAAAAUACAAACUAUUCUAAACACGGACAAAAGUCAUUAUUGUCGAAAAGCUAAUUUUCUACAUAAGGCGAAGCUGAAACCUAUUAGAGUCAGAGACGUUCAUGUUAGGCACCAAAUAGAUUUGAUGGAUAUGAGCAGAAAAGGAUCCGUGAAGAUGAAUGGAAAUUUGUAUAGAUACGUUCUAACAGUGAUUGAUGUUUUCAGCCGUUUUCUUUGGCUUCGUCCUCCGGAAAGCAAAUCAAGCCGGGUAAUUGCAAAUGAACUGGAAUGUGUUUAUAUGGAGCAUGGAUCGCCAGAAAUAAUCCAGUGCGACCAGGGAGCGGAGUUCAAGAAAGCCUUAAAAACACUUUGCGAUCGCAUGAAUAUAAAGUUGAUUUACAGUCGCCCGCGUCACCUUCAAUCACAAGGCAAGGUGGAACGUUGUCACAGGACACUAAGAUCCAAGAUGGAAUAUGACUUUCAAAAGAUGAGUCAAGAUGGUGUAAACUGGGCGAAACAGCUCCCUCUUUAUCAGAGAAUUCUAAACAACGACCCCAAAGAAGUGAUAGCUUACAAAACACCAUUCGAAAUAUAUUUUGCACGAAAGUGCAACGCCUUCAGAGAGAGCAGGUUGCAAGACGAAUUCCUUCCUAGUGCUGGAAGGGUUCACCCAACUAAGAAAGACCGUAACCGGCGUUCUCGGCAAGCUUUGAAAUUACGAAAGCAAGCCUAG